GUGAAACUUAAAGUUCCACUUUGCUAAACGUAGCUGACACGCCUUUACAGGUGUGACGCUUCUGCGGCAAAAACAAAAAACAAACACGUUUGGAACAUUUAAAAGAAGGGACAUUAGGUUGGUGAGUCUUAUAAUCGACAACAAAUGGCUGAGAAAGCUGCUCUCUUUGAAAGUUUCCUGAGUUGCCACGUGUGUUCAGAGACUUUCAGAGACCCUGUGUCUCUGAGCUGCAGUCACAGAUUCUGUUCAAACUGCCUGCAAAAGUUCUGGGAACAAGCUAAAAACAAAAACUGUCCCAUUUGUAAAAGAAAAUCCUCAAGAGAAGACCUGGAAGUCGAUGUUUCACUGAAGGAACUGGCUGACUCCUUUGCUGAGAGGCAGAAUCAUUGUGCAACUGAGACGGAAAAAGAAAAGGAGACAAAGGAAGUUGUGUGUGUUAAACAUCCAGAAGUCCCUUAUUGGUUCUGUGAGGAUGAAGAUAGAGCUGUGUGUCCUGUCUGUGAGUUUUCUCUCCACCACGGUCACAAGGUGGUUCCUAUAGAACUAGCAGUCAGUGAGCUGAAGGAGCAGCUGAAAUCUGACUUGAAGUCUCUACAGGACAAGAGGGGCAGAUACAAACAAGUGGAGAAAACAUCCGAUGAAGUGAUUCAACACUCCAAGAAGCAGCUGUUGUCCACAGAGAGGCAGAUCAGAGCAGAGUUCAACAAGCUUCACCAGUUCCUGAAAGAGGAAGAGGAGUCCAGACUGGCAGCUCUGAGGGAGGAAGAGGAGCAGAAGGGGAAGACUAUCAGCAGAGAGAUGAAGAUGAUUCAGGAGCAGAUCUCCUCUCUGUCAGACAGUAUCUCUGCUGUUGAAGAAGAGCUGCAGAAACACAACGUGCCGUUCCUCAGCAGUUAUAAACCCACUCAGACCAGAGCCAGAGUCCAGUGCUCGCUGUCAGAUCCACAGCUGGUCUCAGGAGCGCUGACAGAUGUGGCCAAACAUCUGGGCAACCUGUCCUUCAGAGUCUGGGAGAAGAUGAGGGACGAGGUCCACUUCAGUCCUGUCAUUCUGGACCCAAACACUGCAGCCUGCAAUCUCUAUCUGUCAGAUGAUCUGACCAGUGUGAGACAGGGAGACACCAAGCAGCAGCUUCCUGACAAUCCAGAGAGAUGCACUUACUAUGAAGAUGUUCUGGGCUCUGAGGGGUUCAGCUCAGGGAAACACAGCUGGGAGGUGGAGGUGGGAAACCAUCUUGACUGGGAGUUGGGUUUGGUUAAAGAGUCAGUUGAGAGGAAGGGAGAGUUACGUGCUACACCAACAUAUGGAAUCUGGUGUUUAAUGCAUCGCAGCGGAAAAUAUUUUGAUGUUAUUGGUAAGAAGGUCAGAGUGAAGAAGAGUCUCCAGAGGAUCAGAGUCCAGCUGGACUAUGACCGGGGGGAGGUGUCCUUCUACAACCCUGAAGACAAGACCCACAUCUGCACUCACAGAGACACUUUCACUGAGAAACUCUUCCCAUAUUUUGGUAUUGGUGUGGCCGGUGAUGCUAAAACUGCUGAUAUCAGAAUCUGUCCAACUGAGAUUUCUCCGUGAUGUUCAGGGAGGGUGCGGUGGUCUAGAUUUUUGUAAUGGUGGUGUUUUGUUCAGUUACAGACAAUUCCAGUUAGCUCUUUUAUAGGAGAAAAUUGUGUAAUUUGAAAGUAAAUGAGGAAAGUAAAAGAAACAAGGUUUUCACUCCUUCAGCAAAUUACAUGAUGGAAUAUUUCUAAAGGACAGAAUGAGAAACUAAAGCUGAAAUGUAGGCAGUUAGGUGUGUGCAGCAUUCUUAGAAAAAAAUCUUUUGGGAGUAUAUUUUAUGUGAUUAAUUUUAGUUAAAUGAAGAAAAAACGGAGGUGGUUGUUUUUGGAGCAAAAGAGGAACGA